GGCGGGGCUGAAGCCGGAGCCGCGCGCGCAAAGCGGCAGAGUCUGGAAAGGAGCGACUCGUGGUCAAGCGUGACGGAGGUGGUCCUUCACUUCUGGGCGGCUAUGGACCUCGCGGCGGCCGCGGAGCCGGGGGCCGGCAGCCAGCACCUGGAGGUUCGCGACGAAGUGGCCGAGAAAUGCCAGAAACUGUUCUUAGACUUCCUGGAAGAGUUCCAGAGCAGUGAUGGAGAAAUUAAGUACUUGCAGUUAGCAGAGGAGCUAAUUCGUCCUGAAAGAAACACUUUGGUUGUGAGUUUUAUGGACCUGGAACAAUUUAACCAGCAACUUUCCACCACCAUUCAAGAGGAGUUCUAUAGAGUUUACCCUUAUCUGUGCCGAGCCUUGAAAACUUUUGUCAAAGAUCGCAAAGAGAUACCCCUUGCCAAGGAUUUUUAUGUCGCAUUCCAAGAUCUGCCUACCAGACAUAAGAUUCGAGAACUUACCUCAGCCAGAAUUGGUUUGCUUACUCGCAUCAGUGGGCAGGUGGUACGGACUCACCCAGUUCACCCAGAGCUUGUGAGUGGAACUUUUCUGUGCUUGGACUGUCAGACAGAGAUCAAGGAUGUAGAACAGCAGUUCAAAUACACACAGCCAAACAUCUGCCGAAAUCCAGUUUGUGCAAACAGGAGGAGAUUCUUGCUGGAUACAAAUAAAUCAAGAUUUGUCGAUUUCCAAAAGGUUCGUAUUCAAGAGACUCAAGCUGAGCUUCCUCGAGGAAGUAUUCCCCGCAGUUUGGAAGUAAUCUUGAGGGCAGAAGCUGUGGAGUCUGCUCAAGCUGGUGACAAGUGUGACUUUACCGGGACAUUGAUUGUUGUGCCUGAUGUCUCCAAGCUUAGCAUACCAGGAGCACGUGCAGAAACUAAUUCCCGUGUCAGUGGCGUUGAUGGAUAUGAAACAGAAGGCAUUCGAGGACUCCGGGCUCUUGGUGUUAGAGACCUUUCGUACAGGCUGGUCUUUCUUGCCUCCUGUGUUGCACCAACCAACCCAAGGUUUGGAGGGAAAGAGCUCAGAGAUGAGGAACAGACAGCUGAGAGCAUUAAGAAUCAAAUGACGGUGAAAGAGUGGGAGAAAGUGUUUGAAAUGAGUCAAGAUAAAAAUCUAUACCACAAUCUUUGUACCAGCCUCUUUCCUACUAUACAUGGCAAUGAUGAAGUAAAACGAGGUGUCCUGCUAAUGCUCUUUGGUGGUGUUCCUAAGACAACAGGGGAAGGGACCUCUCUUCGAGGGGACAUAAAUGUUUGUAUUGUUGGUGACCCUAGUACAGCAAAGAGCCAGUUUCUAAAGCACGUGGAAGAGUUCAGCCCCAGAGCUGUGUACACCAGUGGCAAAGCAUCCAGUGCUGCUGGCUUAACAGCAGCUGUUGUGAGAGAUGAAGAAUCUCAUGAGUUUGUCAUUGAGGCUGGAGCUUUGAUGUUGGCUGAUAAUGGUGUGUGUUGUAUUGAUGAAUUUGAUAAGAUGGACAUUCGGGAUCAAGUUGCUAUUCAUGAAGCCAUGGAGCAGCAGACUAUAUCUAUCACUAAAGCAGGAGUAAAGGCUACUCUCAAUGCCAGAACAUCCAUUUUGGCAGCUGCAAACCCAGUCGGUGGACAUUAUGACAGAUCAAAAUCAUUGAAACAGAAUAUAAACUUGUCAGCUCCCAUCAUGUCCCGAUUUGAUCUCUUCUUUAUCCUUGUGGAUGAAUGCAAUGAGGUUACAGAUUAUGCUAUUGCCAGGCGCAUAGUAGACUUGCAUUCAAGAAUUGAAGAAUCAAUUGAUCGUGUCUAUUCCCUUGAUGAUAUCAGAAGAUAUCUGCUCUUUGCAAGACAGUUUAAACCCAAGAUUUCCAAGGAGUCAGAGGACUUCAUUGUGGAACAGUAUAAACGUCUCCGCCAGAGGGAUGGUUCUGGCGUAACCAAGUCUUCAUGGAGGAUUACAGUGCGACAACUGGAGAGCAUGAUCCGUCUCUCUGAAGCUAUGGCUCGGAUGCACUGCUGUGAUGAGGUCCAACCUAAACAUGUGAAGGAAGCUUUCCGGUUACUGAAUAAAUCAAUCAUCCGUGUGGAAACACCUGAUGUCAAUCUAGAUCAAGAGGAAGAGAUCCAGAUGGAGGUAGAUGAGGGUCCAGGUGGCAUCAAUGGUCAUGAUGACAGUCCUGCACCUGUAAAUGGAAUCAACGGCUACAGUGAAGACACAUAUCAAGAUACUGUUCCCAAAGCCUCCCUAAGGCUGGGCUUCUCUGAAUAUUGCCGAAUCUCUAACCUUAUUGUACUUCACCUCAGAAAGAUGGAAGAAGAAGACGAUGAAUUGGCAUUAAAGAGGAGUGAGCUUGUUAACUGGUACUUGAAGGAAAUUGAAUCAGAAAUAGACUCUGAAGAGGAACUUAUAAACAAGAAGAGAAUCAUAGAGAAAGUCAUUCAUCGACUCACACACUAUGAUCAUGUUCUAAUUGAGCUCACGCAAGCUGGAUUGAAAGGCUCAACAGAGGGAAGUGAGAGCUAUGAAGAAGAUCCCUACUUGGUAGUUAACCCUAACUACUUGCUUGAAGAUUGAAUUAAUAAAGCCAACGACCAGAGCUGAGGAACUAUGGCAUACCACCUUCUGACUUGGAGCCUGAAUGGAGCUCUGCUACAGAAAGAAAUGUUUCUGGAUGUGGAUACUUCAGGAUUUGAGAAACAAAGAACUGAGUUGAUGAUCCUUUGUGUCACAUUUCUGUCACACACUUUUAUUCCAAUCCAUGCUUUAGCACUUCCGUUAAUGUGCUUCUUGUCCUGAUGAAAAGUAAUAAGUGAUUUCUGUAACAUAAAGACCUUUGUUUUUAUGUAUAGGAAAAGACCUGUUACUUUUAUGGUAUGUGGUUAUCUUGUUGAGAAAAGUGUGCUUUUUCUUUUGCCAAUUAUCUGCUUUUAUUCAUAAAAAUAAAAUGUUCUGAA